AUGGGAGACAUGGGAGACCCGCCGAAAAAGAAGCGGCUCGUGUCUCUGUGCGUGGGCUGCGGGAAUCAGAUCCACGAUCAGUACAUCCUGCGCGUGUCCCCGGACCUGGAGUGGCACGCGGCGUGCCUCAAAUGCGCCGAGUGCAGCCAGUACCUGGACGAGUCGUGCACGUGCUUCGUGCGUGAUGGGAAAACGUACUGUAAACGGGACUACAUCAGGUUGUACGGGAUCAAGUGUGCUAAAUGUAACAUCGGCUUCAGUAAGAACGACUUCGUGAUGCGCGCGCGCUCCAAGGUCUACCACAUCGAGUGUUUCCGCUGCGUGGCGUGUUCACGACAGCUCAUCCCGGGAGACGAGUUCGCGCUGAGGGACGACGGCCUCUUCUGCCGGGCGGACCACGAUGUGGUGGAGAGGGCCAACCUGGGGCCCGCGGACCCGCUCAGCCCGCUCCACCCCGCCAGACCGCUGCAGAUGGCAGCAGAACCAAUCUCGGCCCGGCAGCCGGCGCUGCGGCCUCACGUACACAAGCAGCCGGAGAAGACGACGCGCGUGCGGACGGUGCUGAACGAGAAGCAGCUGCACACCCUGCGGACCUGCUACAACGCCAACCCGCGGCCGGACGCCCUGAUGAAGGAGCAGCUGGUGGAGAUGACCGGCCUCAGCCCGCGGGUCAUCCGGGUCUGGUUCCAGAACAAGCGCUGCAAAGACAAGAAGAGGAGCCUGCUGAUGAAGCAGCUGCAGCAGCAGCAGCCCAACGACAAGACGAACAUCCAGGGUAUGACGGGCACCCCGAUGGUUGCAGCCAGCCCGGAGCGUCAUGACGGCGGCCUGCAGGCCAAUCCUGUGGAGGUUCAGAGCUACCAGCCUCCGUGGAAAGUUCUCAGUGACUUCGCCUUGCAGAGUGACAUCGACCAGCCCGCCUUCCAACAGCUGGUCAGUUUCUCAGAGGGGGGUCCUGGCUCCAACUCGACGGGCAGCGAGGUAGCGUCCAUGUCGUCACAGCUCCCAGACACACCGAACAGCAUGGUGUCCAGCCCCAUUGAGGCUUGA